AUGAAGACAUACAAGAUUGCCGUUGAUGGGCCUGCUGCGAGCGGAAAAAGCAGCACAUCCGACUUGGUUGCAAGGAAACUGGGGUUUUCCCAUCUGAUAUCUGGAAAUCUGUAUAGAGCUGUGACAUAUGGUCUGGUAAGGCGCUUUGGAGAGGUGCGUCCAGGAGACGAGGAACAGAAAAGAUUUGUUCUUGAGCUGAGUAUAGAGGUAAGGAACAACAGGGUAUUCCUAGACGGAGAGGACGUGUCGGAGAGCCUCCGUAAGGAGGUGGUCGACCGCCACGUUGUUUCUGUUGCAAGGGAGAAAUAUAUCCGGGAAAAAGUGUUUACAAUUCAGAGGUCGGUGAUAGACCUUGAGAAGAGGGGAAUAGUUGUGGAUGGAAGAGAUAUAGCCACCAGGAUAAUGCCAAAUGCAGAUCUGAAGGUGUUUCUUACAGCAAGCCCGGAGACGAGGGCCAGAAGAAGAUACAUGGAAGGCGGGUCUGAGUCCUACGAGGAACUGCUCGAGUCCAUAAAAAAAAGAGAUCACAACGAUAGAACAAGGGAGCAUGAUCCCCUUGUUGCCACCUGCGAUUCUAUUGUUAUCGAAAAUGACAGCAUGACAUUGGAGGAAACAGCCGACGAAAUCAUAAGGCUCUUCAGAAGAGUAGAGUCUUUUAAUUAA